AUGGUCGAAUUGGAAACAGGGCAGAAGUUUAAACUCGAGGAGUGUCGGGAGAUUGACACGUUCCUCCCAGUGUCAGACGGGGCUGCGGUGGAGAAGCUUCCUGGUCGGAGGAAUCUGUGGAUUGGUCUCGGACUCACUCUGGGAGCAGUCUUAAUCACUGUUCUCACUGCUGUCCUGGUGCUGAAGUAUCACAAACAUGCUGAGGUCCAGACUUCACCCAGACUCUACAUCGGGUCCAUGGAGAUCCCAAACCAGCCUUUCCUUCAAGACUAUGAACAGGCAGACAGCCAGCGCUUCAAGGAGCUCUCCUCCUUGGUCCAGAAGCAGCUCAGUAUCAUCUACAAUAAAGACUCAGUCCUGGCUCGGUACUUCACAGGGUCCUCAGUCCAGGCCUUCAGUGAGUCCUCCGGGAACAGUGUGGUGGCCUAUUAUCAGUCUGAGUUCUCCGUCCCUGACUCCCAGAAUGCUUUGCUGGAUGAAGCCAUGCAGUUUCUUCAGCAAACGGAUCACGUCGGGAGGAAAGGGAGCAGCAGAUCUGGACCUUUGCCGCCCAAGAACGCCCUGCAGGUCAAACAGGUCAACACUGGAGACCAACGCCUGGGGGGACAGGCUGCGGACAACCUUCCUACCGGACCAGCAGGGUGGCUGUUCAGUGGAUGCGCGUCGAUGGUAGGCUCCCAGCCUUAG